AUGUUCUUCCACGUGAACCUCGAGCGUAACAUCACGCUCGAGCCUCGACACUUCGGGGCGCGAAUGCGCGCAGUGUUGGAAGAGAAGCUACGACACGAGGUCGAGGGCACGUGCUCGGGACGAUACGGAUUCAUCGUCAUGGUAACGCGCGUCGAUGACGUGAGUGAGGGCGUGGUGGUGGACGACGGCACGGCGAGGGCGAAGUUUCACGUCAAGUAUGAUUGCGUUGUGUUCCGCCCGUUCAAGGGCGAGGUCGUAGACGCCGUCGUGACGCAGGUAAACAAGUUUGGGUUCUUCGCCGAGGCCGGACCACUGCAGUUGUUCGUCUCGAACGCGUUGAUCACCGAGGACAUGCAGUUCGAUAGCUCUGGGGAAAACUGCUACGUUAGCGACGACCAGCAGAUUAGAAUCCAGCGCGACGCGUCGGUUCGUGUGCGCAUCGUCGGCAUGCGCAUCGAUGCCAACGACAUUUUCUGCAUCGCAACGAUCAAGGACGAUUACCUGGGCUUGAUUGAUUUCGGCUCCGGUGGAUUGUAA